AUGCCUGCUACACUUACUAACGAGGAUGAGGCCACUAAGACCGUUCUGGAGUCGCUCGGCGAUCUCCCACCCACCUCUUUCCUCGCACCUUCGUCGGACCUUUCGCAGCAGCUUCGCACCGCAGUGAAGGCUCUCUUCGACACCGGAAUGUCCAACCUGGACGCCGCAAAGGACGCCGCACGUGACGCCGCAUCUGGUGGAGGGAAAAAAGGAGCGUCCGGUUUUACCAAAUCACAGUCGUUAGCCCCGGAAAGGAAGCUUCCUGGGCUUUUCGUCGAUGGAUUUGAUUCGGAGCAGAUCUGGUACCAGCUGGACCUGGCUAUGGCGCCGACACUUCCCCGCAUUCGACGGCGGCUGAAGCGGGCGGAGGAGCUCAUGGAAGGGAAGGCGGUGGGGAAGGACUUUUUUCGGGUUCCGAAGCUUGUCAGGGGGAAAGGCGGAAAGGGGGAAGCCGGUCAGGGGGGAGGGAAAGUACAAGGGAAGGAGAUGCGGGGGAAGGGGGGGAAAGGGGGGAAGGGGCGAGAAGGGGAAGGGGACGAGGAGGGAAGUGACGAAAAGGAGCGGGGAGGGCGGAAGAAGGCACAGAAGAAGAGGGCGCUCCUAGAUGGCGCCAUGAUCAGAUACGAGGACUUUUUCGGGAGGAAAGCGCCAGAGAGCCACCUGGAAGCGGAUAGGGUGAUGAGGGGCGAAGAGGAGGAGGAUGUGGAGGAUGUUGAGGUGGAGGAGUGGGAUGGGGAGGAGGAGGAUGAGGAGGAGGAGGGGGACGAAGGCGAAGAGGAGGAGGACGAGGAGGGAGAGGAGGAGGAUGAGGAGGAAGGAGAGGAGGAGGGGAAGGCAGUGGUGGAGAGGAGGAAGAAGGGGUUGUUGGAGGAGGAGGAGGAGGAGGAUGAGGAGGGUGGAGAGAAGGAGGACGAGGAGCCCAAGUCUCUGUCCGAGAUCCGCCUGAAGUGGCUGAAGAAGCGCAUGCGGCAGCUGGAGGCAGCAGCUGGAGAGUGUUCGAUUCACAUUACUUUUACCGUGCGCCCCUCUCCCGCACCCUCCUCUCGCCCUCCUCUUGCAUCUCUCUGUCCCGGUUCUGUUUACUGUUGGUACAGCCCAAGUCAUGUCAUUGUACGAAAUCCGCCAGGAGCGGAUGGAGGAGGAGAACCUCCGAGAGUCCUCUCUCUCGCUCUCCACGUGCCCUCCUCUUUUUCUGUCCGUUUUUUUUUUUCCCCGCAGUCCAAGUCACUCUAUGAAAUCCACCUGGAGCAGCUGAGGAAGAGGAUGCCGCAGCUGGAGGCGGAGAUGACUGCAAACCUCUGUCCCAAGUCUCUGUAUGAGAUCCGCCUGGAGCGGCUGAGGAAGCCCAUGCGCCAGCUGGAGGAGGAGAGUCCCAAGUCAUUGUACGAGAUCCGCCUGGAGCGGCUGAGGAAGAGGAUGCGCCAGCUGGAGGCGGAGAACCUCCACGUGGAGGCGCGCCAUUGGACGAUGCGCGGCGAGGUGACAGCUGGCAGCCGCCCGAAGAACAGCGCGCUGGCCGCUGACCUGGACUUUGAGCACGCCGCCCGGCCGGCGCCCGUGAUUACAGAGGAGGUGACUCAAACGAUCGAGGAGAUCAUCAAGAAGCGGAUUCUCAAUCAACAAUUCGAUGACGUGGAGCGGAAGGCCAAGCCCAUAGCGACACCUGUCAAGGGGAGAUUGGAGCUGGACGACAACCCCAGCGCGCAAGGCCUGGCGGAGAUCUACGAGGCUCAGUUCCUCAAGGCGGCUGGGCAGGCACCCGAGGGCAUGAGCGCCACAGAGCAGAUCAAACACGAGGCGGCUCGUAUGUUCAAGCAUCUCUGCACUAAGCUGGAUGCACUCUCGCACUUCCACUUCGCUCCCAAGCCGGUACGUCUCCCACCCCUCUCACCACGGAUGGACAAUCGCAUGGCACAAUGUGAUGUGCCUGCAGGGAUGGACAAUCGCAUGGCACAAUGUGAUGUGCCUGCAGGGAUGGACAAUCGCAUGGCACAAUGUGAUGUGCCUGCAGGGAUGGACAAUCGCAUGGCACAAUGUGAUGUGCCUGCAGGGAUGGACAAUCGCAUGGCACAAUGUGAUGUGCCUGCAGGGAUGGACAAUCGCAUGGCACAAUGUGAUGUGCCUGCAGGGAUGGACAAUCGCAUGGCACAAUGUGAUGUGCCUGCAGGGAUGGACAAUCGCAUGGCACAAUGUGAUGUGCCUGCAGGGAUGGACAAUCACAUGGCACAAUGUGAUGUGCCUGCAGGGAUGGACAAUCACAUGGCACAAUGUGAUGUGCCUGCAGGGAUGGACAAUCGCAUGGCACAAUGUGAUGUGCCUGCAGGGAUGGACAAUCGCAUGGCACAAUGUGAUGUGCCUGCAGGGAUGGACAAUCGCAUGGCACAAUGUGAUGUGCCUGCAGGGAUGGACAAUCGCAUGGCACAAUGUGAUAUUAUGGAUGACAUUGACGUCACGGCCAACAUUAUGGAUGACAUUGACGUCACGGCCAACGUGCCGGCCAUUGCCAUGGAAGAGGUGGCGCCAGUGGCGGUGUCAACAGCAAGCAUGCUGGCGCCAGAGGAGGUGUUUGCAGGCGGGGAGGAGGGCGUGGCGCCAGUGGCGGUGUCAACAGCCAGCAUGCUGGCGCCAGAGGAGGUGUUUGCAGACGGGGAGGAGGGCAUGGGGGCGGCCCUUGCUCUCCAUCUCAUCGCCCCAGUUACUGAUUCCCCUUCUCUCUUCCAAUCCCUUCCCCCUCUCCCCCCCCUCCCCUACUCUCCCCAGGUGGCGCCAGUGGCGGUGUCAACAGCCAGCAUGCUGGCGCCAGAGGAGGUGUUUGCAGGCGGGGAGGAGGGCGUGGGCGCGGGCGGGGGCAGGAGGGGGAGUGCGCGGGGGAUGGUGAAGGGCGAGGGGGAGAUGGAGCGGGAGGACCGGAAGCGACUGCGCAGCAAGCUCAAGCGCAAGUGGAAGGGAGAGAAGGCCGAAGAGCAGAAAAGCUCUCAGGCAGUCCCAGGCAUGGCAUCUGGUGCGGGUGGUGCUGCUGCUGGCAGUGUUGGGCGCAAGUUACGGGUGGUGGAGAGGGGGCAGCAGAAGCACGGCCUAUCGGAUUUCACCAACUCAGCUAAGGUCUUCACUCACAUCCAGGACAUCAGAGCAUCUGGCAGCAAGAAGCAGCGGGCGGCAGCGCCAUCUCAGCACGAGCCGCAGCAGAUUCAGGCGGCGGCACUGAAGCUGUGA